AUGCCUCCUGUUGACAAGAUACCCGAGGGAGAGGACACUAUACGAAUCCUUCUCACCACAGACAACCAUGUUGGCUACAACGAGACAGAUCCAGUGCGAGGAGACGAUGGCUGGAAGACCUUUCAUGAGAUCACCAGACUCGCAAAGCAAUUAGAUGUAGACAUGAUAGUCCAGGGUGGCGACUUGUUCCAUAUCAACAAACCGCUGAAAAAAUCUCUUUUCCACGUCAUGAAGUCCCUUCGUUUGAAUUGUAUGGGAGACCGUCCCUGUGAAUUGGAGCUUCUCAGUGAUCCUACACAAGCUUUGGAUUCUGGCUUUGGCACCGUCAACUAUGAAGAUCCAAACUUGAACAUCUCUAUUCCCGUCUUUGCUAUCAGUGGUAACCAUGACGAUGCUACGGGCGAAGGGUUGUUGCUGCCUCUUGACAUUCUUCUGGUUUCUGGACUAGUGAACCAUUUCGGUAAGAUUCCAGAUAGCGAGAACAUCACCGUUUCGCCGUUGCUUUUCCAGAAGGGCCGAACAAAACUAGCUCUUUACGGUAUGGCAAAUGUUAGAGACGAAAGGCUCCAUCGAGCUUUUCGUGAUGGACAUGUGAAAUUCCAGAGACCCAACAUCCAGACAGACCAAUGGUUCAAUUUGUUUUGUAUUCACCAGAACCACGCCCAACAUCUGAUAACAUCAUCAAUUCCCGAAAUGUAUUUGCCCAACUUCUUAGACUUUGUACUUUGGGGCCACGAGCACGAAUGUAUAGCUUACCCUGUUCAUAAUCCAGAGACUGGCUUUGAUGUUCUUCAGGCUGGAUCCUCGGUAGCGACUUCGUUAUCCGAAGGCGAAGUAGCUGAUAAACACACGUUUUUGUUGAGUAUCCGCGACCAGAGAUAUUCUAUAGAACCAAUAAAGUUGAAUACAGUGAGACCAUUUGUGUUAAAGGAAAUUGUCUUGCUGCAGACAGAUCUCAUACUGGGAGCUGCCUCGAAGUCAGACGUAAUAGCACUUCUACUGCAAGAAGUGGAAAGCUCCAUAGUGAAAGCCAAUGAAAACUUCAAACAAAAUAACGCCGAACUCUUCGAUGAAGACGAUACAGAAGAAGAUGUAGCAAAAAAGAUCCCCUUGCCUUUGAUAAGAAUCAGAGUAGAAUAUUCAGGAGGUUACGAAAUUGAGAACACAAGAAGGUUUUCCAACCGGUUUGUAGGAAAAGUUGCUAAUCCCAAUGAUAUCAUCCAAUUCUACAAAAAGAGAACAUCAGAAACAGGACCCAAAAAAACGAAGUUUCUGGAUAAGGAUCUUCUUGAAGAAGGGGAGUCCAACAAGAAGUCUACUGAGAUACAACUACAAGAUCUAAUAGAGAAAUUCAUCAGUGUGGCAGAUUUGUCACUCUUGCCGGAGGCUGGGAUGAACUACGCUGUCAAGAGAUAUAUCGAUAAUGAAGACAAGCAUGUCCUACAAAAUUAUAUUGAAAACGAAAUCAAGAAAGAGACAGAGAUGUUAAUGAAGAUAGACAUCGAGGACACAAGCGUCUAUGAUAAGGAUAACGACUAUUCCAAAAAGAUAUUCAGACAGCUUUUGUCUCAAAUCAAAUUAGAGAAUAAGAAGAUUGACCACGAGUCCAUGGACUUUGACAUGGAGCCUAGCCUUUCGACAAAGAAAGCAGCACCGAAGAGGAACACAAAAAAGACAAAACGAAGCGAGGAAAUCGUAGUUUCUGAAGAUGAAGAUGACGAUUUUCAAGAAGAAAUUGAAGAGAAACCUGCUGCACGAAAAAAAAGCGGAAGGAAUACAAAAGCAAACAAGAAAGAAGAGAUUAUCAGCGACAACGACGACGAUAUAAUAGAUCUGGAUUUAGAUGAAGGGCAACAACAAACAACAAGAAGAGGUGGACUGGCGCCGCGUGCUAAGAGAGUAUCUACCAGCAGUCGUGGCAGAGGAAGAAAGACAUCUUCAUUGAAAGACAGUGUGAUGAAUUUGUAG